CAAAUACAUAAACCUAUAUAUUCAUAUUUCAAGCUUUGAUAAAGUUAGCAGUUGUUACUUUGUAGCUUUUAUGUUGGUAACAGGUCCAACUGAACCUAACGCCAUGUUGCAUUGAGUGGAGAAUGUGGUGUAGGAAUAUUUCUCUACGGAAUUCGAAUAAAUUCGGAAUUGAUUGGCUAAUAAAUCAGUAAAAUGAGCACAUUCCUAGAGUUUGUUACAGAGGAUCAUUUUCUUUAUUUUAUUGUUGAUGGACGAAGAAAAUUGUGAUAACACAAUGAAUUUGAUAUGAACAAUCCUCACCUUGGCUUUGAAAAGCCAGUUGUUGAAAAACCUUGUGUUGGAACUCAAGUGCUCCCCUUGGCUCCUCCCUUGCCAACCCUGCAACAGGGUCCACCGUCAAUGACAAGGUUGGCAAACUCGAGCCAAGGGGGGCGACUCCAAGUCCGCUCCUCCCCGACUUCUAUCCUGUCCGAUUCUCCUAUGAUGACCAAUCUCCAACCUCCUAGCCAAGGUAACCCUCAACCAUCACUAUCAUUAAGUUUGUCAUCAUCUUCAACGAGAAAACGCAAGCUGCCGCUUGACGAAUAUAAUUCCUUUAAAAAAAGAAUAAGAGAUUUAAAUGAUAAUAAAAGUAAAAGAUUUCAGACUAAGUUUGCAGAGAGAUGUGCUCUUCUCUGUUAUCUGCAGGCAAAUGGUCACCUCUCAGAUUUCAGUCCAUGGAGGUCUCGUUUGCCUAUAGUUCCUUUACAGACAUUUCUAAAAUCAAAUAAGUUAGAUACUGGUAAUGAUGGAGAGGAUCUGUAUAAACUUCUGCAAUCGCAGAAUCAUUCUCUUCUACAAUCUGCUCUUACUGGGAACAGGCAAGGAAGUAAUUCUGAUGUAAGGAUACCAUCUGCUCCUAGUGCUACUAAGACAGAAUUAUCUUCUAAAUUCCAAAAAUUGACUCCAGUGAAAUCAGCUGUAAAAAAUGCCUCCCCAGUUGAUGGAGUUAAUAGCCAGGAACAAAUUGUUGAACGAGCUAAACAAGAAGCCUAUGUUAUGCAAAGGGUAGGUGAGUUACAAAAAGAUGGAUUGUGGCCCGAAAAGAGAUUACCUAAAGUCCAUGAACUGCCACGGGCUAAAGCUCACUGGGAUUAUCUAUUAGAAGAAAUGGCGUGGUUAGCUGCAGAUUUUGCCCAGGAGAGGAAAUGGAAAAAAGCAGCUGCAAAGAAGUGUGCAAGAAUGGUUCAAAAACAUUUUCAAGAAAAAGAAGCUCUUGUACAAAAGGCUAUCAAAGCCCAAGAAAUGCAAUUAAAACGUAUAGCUUCUUUUAUUGCGAAAGAAAUCAAACAGUUCUGGACAAAUGUUGAAAAGCUAGUUGAAUUUAAACAACAAACAAGGCUAGAAGAAAAAAGGAAAAAAGCUUUAGAUCAGCAUUUAAGUUUUAUUGUUGAUCAAACAGAAAAAUAUUCAAGUCUAGUUGCUGAAAGUAUGAACACUUCGAGGCCUUCUUCACCCAAGCAUCAUUCUGAUGAUGAAUUCGAACCCGAAGAUCCCUCUGAUGAUGAUGAAGAGACGAUUGCUAAGGAGGAAGCACUUUCUGCCAACGAUGAAAAAUGUGAUAAUCAAGAUGAAGUUGAUGUUCUGAAAAGAGAGAGUGAGCUUCCACUUGAAGAUCUGUUGUCUAGCUACCUUGCUCAAAGGGAUUCCAUUUCGACUCCUCUCAGUAUGGAUGAAGAUGGUGAGGAUGAUGACAUGGAAUAUCAAGAUUCGGGCGAUUCUUCAGACGAUGAAGAAACAAUUCUGGAACAAGAAAAAACUGAAGGAACAGUUGAUUAUAAACAAGAAAUAGAUGAUUUAAAGGAGGAAGGAAAUAUGAGCAUAGAUCAACUUAAAGCAAAAUAUGGCAUCCAGCAAACACCUGAAUCUUUACCAACUAACGGAGAUUCCAUUUCCCAAAGAGCUAGGAAAAGAAAGGAAGUCGUGAAUGAAGAAUCUGACGAAGGCUCAGAAGAAGAUUCUGAAGAUGAAGUUAGCGAAGAAGAUGAAAGCAGUUCAACAAGUGACAAAGAAGAUUCUCCGUUGAAAGCUCUUAUAAAUGACUCUCAUCAUGUGGAGGAAGGAAGCCAAGACAAAGACAAGGAAAUUAAUGAUGUUGCUGCCAUAGCUGAAAGUCUUCAGCCUAAAGGAAACACAUUGUCAUCUACAAGUGUUGUUACUAAAGUUCCUUUCCUUCUUAAACAUCUUUUAAGAGAAUACCAGCAUAUAGGUUUAGACUGGUUAGUUACCAUGUAUGAUAGGAAACUAAAUGGAAUUCUAGCUGAUGAGAUGGGUCUCGGAAAGACAAUUCAGACCAUUGCAUUAAUUGCUCAUCUUGCUUGCGAAAAAGGUAAUUGGGGACCUCAUUUAAUUAUUGUUCCUACUUCUGUGAUGUUAAAUUGGGAAAUGGAGUUCAAAAAAUGGUGUCCAGCAUUCAAAAUAUUAACCUAUUAUGGGACUCAAAAAGAACGGAAGAUGAAACGUUCAGGGUGGACGAAACCUAAUGCAUUCCAUAUUUGCAUUACCUCAUAUAAAUUAGUCAUACAGGAUCAUCAAAGUUUUCGCAGAAAAAAAUGGAAAUACUUAAUUUUAGAUGAAGCUCAAAAUAUCAAAAAUUUUAAAUCGCAGCGUUGGCAGCUCUUAUUGAAUUUUCAAACUCAGAGGCGGCUACUACUUACUGGUACUCCGUUACAAAAUAAUCUAAUGGAACUCUGGUCUUUGAUGCAUUUUCUUAUGCCUAAUGUUUUUGAAUCGCAUCGUGAAUUUAAAGAAUGGUUUUCUAAUCCAGUAACUGGCAUGAUUGAAGGAAAUUCUGAAUACAAUGACACAAUUAUUAAAAGACUACAUAAGGUGUUGCGUCCAUUUCUUUUAAGAAGAUUAAAAUGUGAAGUAGAAACCCAAAUGCCUAAGAAAUAUGAACACAUAGUAAUGUGCCGGUUAUCCAACAGGCAACGAUAUUUAUAUGAUGACUUCAUGUCAAGGGCUAAGACAAAAGAGACACUUGCUUCUGGGAGUUUAUUAAGUGUCAUUAAUGUACUAAUGCAGCUGAGGAAAGUGUGUAACCAUCCUAAUCUGUUUGAAGUUCGGCCUACCGUGUCUCCAUUUCAAAUGGAUUCUCUUGAAUAUCAUGUUCCAUCUUUAGUAUGGAGUGCUUUAGAAUAUGAUCCGUUUAAACACGUCGAUCUAGUUUUCCUUAAUUUGCGUAUAAUCGAGUUUGAACUAUGGUUAUUAGCAUUUGUUGCUCAUAGAGCUCGUAAAUACAAAGUUAAUCCUGAGUACAUUUCCUCCAUUGAUUCUGCACCUCCUGAUCCACCACCUUGCCCUAAAGGGAGAGUUAAAAUCAACAUCAAGAAACGCAUAUUACCUCAACCACCUCAGGUUUCUAGCCCUGUUAGGCCAUUAGUACAGGUUAGUAAUAAUCAUCGGGUUACUUCUUUUCCAACAAAAGUCGGAACAUCACCAUUAAUAAAACUUGGACAAAAUGCUAGCCAGGGUGUGACGCUAAGGUUGGCUAAUCCUUCCUCUGGGCAGAUUCCUAAUUACCUUCAGUUAUUACAACCUGGUGGAAUGAAAGCAAUCUCAGUGGCAUCUUUAACAACUACUAGUGGAGGAGUGGUUAAAAAUGAAGGCAACACCGGUCGGUUGGUCCCCAAUUCGCACAAUUAGUUAAUACCCCUACUGGUAGGCAGCUAGUUCUGUCCCCGCAACCUGUCAUUGCUCCUCAAGGAAGUGCUACCACCGUUAUGACAACUACUGGGCAAAGAUUAACUGUGGUUUCCAAACAAGGCAGCAAUGUUGCUAAACUAGUCAAUCCUACUUCUGUGACUCAGAUAAACUCUAAUCGGCCUAUUAUGAGGGUUCCUCCAUUAAAUAUAACUUCUGCCGCUACUGUUGUUCAAAACAGUUUGACCACUGCUAACAAUUCACCUGUUAGUAUAUCUGAACCAACGCAAGGGAAUGGAUCAACCCCUAAUUCAUUGCCAUCUCCUAAAAAAGUUACCCGACAGAGUACUCUGAAUACUAGUAAAAACAAGGAAGAAUCUAAUCCUUACGAAGAUUUGAAAGAUGAAUAUUUAGAAAAUCUUAGGAAGAAACGGCGAAAGGAGAAGUUGGAAUUGAUUGCGAGAGUAAAUGAAGUAAGGUGUCAGGCCCUUCCUAUUUACGGUUCUGACUUACUUUCAUCUUUAACAUUGGACGAGGUUCCUGACGAAAAUAAAGACUGCAUUGGAACAGUUCACUGUAGGAAUGCUUUAUCUCCGAAUCCACUUUUAUUUUGGAAUCAGACUCAUGCCCUUACCGCAGCUAUUCAUUCCAUUGAAGACAGAGUAGCAGAGCUUUCAGAUAUAUUUUCUAGGUUUGUUUUGUAUGUACCUGCUGUUUCCAGUCAACCUGUCCGUUUACACGUGCCACAUCCGCCCCCUUCCAAAAUGUUCAAAGAAGAGAAAAGACUAUCAUUAGUUGAAACUUGGUUAAGACCUAAACUUCGGUUACUUCAUAGUAUUUCUUCAGCUAUGAGUACCCAAUUCCCAGAUCGAAGACUAAUUCAAUAUGACUGUGGAAAGCUUCAGUCAUUAGACAAGCUCCUGCGAAGGUUGAAAGCUGAUCAUCAUCGAAUAUUAAUUUUCACGCAAAUGACAAGAAUGUUAGACGUCCUGGAAGCUUUUCUUAACUUUCAUGGUCAUAUAUAUCUUCGUCUGGACGGAACAACGAAAGUAGACCAGAGACAGCUCUUAAUGGAACGCUUUAAUGCUGACAAAAGAAUAUUUUGCUUUAUUCUAUCAACAAGAUCUGGAGGUGUAGGUAUAAAUUUAACUGGUGCUGAUACUGUUAUAUUUUACGAUAGUGAUUGGAAUCCUACCAUGGAUGCUCAAGCUCAAGACAGGUGCCACAGAAUCGGCCAAACAAGAGAUGUACAUAUUUAUAGAUUGAUUAGUGAAAAAACUGUAGAGGAAAAUAUACUUAAAAAGGCUAACCAAAAGAGAAUGCUUGGAGAUGUUGCUAUUGAAGGAGGAAACUUUACCACAGCUUACUUCAAGAGUUCAACAAUUCAAGAUCUAUUUAAUGUUGAUACCUCCGAGAAUGAUGCUUCCCGAAGGAUGGCUGAAGUUCUUCAUAAUAAUGAUAAAACUGCUCAGAAUGCUGAAGAUACGCAGGUUGUUGCUAACUCUGAUGAGAAAGUAGCAAUUGGUGCUCUCGAGAGUGCUAUGGCUCAGGCAGAAGACGAAUCUGAUGUGGCAGCAGCAAAGGUUGCCAAAGCAGAGGCCGCUGCUGAACUGGCAGAAUUUGAUGAGAACAUCCCCAUUGAAACCCAUGAUGGGGUUGGCGGUGGCCAAGAAAUGAGCAAGGCAGAAUUAGAACUUCAUAAUCUUAUGCAACAACUUACUGCUGUCGAGAGGUAUGCCAUGAAGUUUAUGGAAGAAAAUGAUGCUGCUUGGUCCAAAGAGCAGUUGGCUGCAGCUGAAGCAGAAAUCGAGCAACAAAAAAAGGAAUGGGAAGCUGGUAGAUUGGCUGCCUUGCAAGGUCGGAAAUCACCUUCUGGAGAAGCUGAGUCUGAAUCUGUUCUCACUUACUCUGGCGUUGACUCACGAAAUCAGUUGUGGGUAUCUGAUGAUGGAACUGAUAUAAUGCCGAUGUGGUGCCCUCCAACGCCCCCACAAGAUGAUGGUGACGUGUACAUCGAUCAGGCUUUGUGCCUGCUGUAUGAGCCUGAAGUUAUGCCUGACUCUCAACUUCCUCCUGUUUACAUUAAAAAAGAGAAGAAGCGGAGUAGGUUUGAGGCAGGUCUUCCAGAAGGACGUAGUCAAACGAAAAUUCGUCACAGAGAAGAGUCCUCUUCUCUUUUACAUGCUCCACGCUCUCUUUUUGAUCGACCAACACCCGCUCUUAUAAAAAUGAGACAGGAGCUUAAAUUGCAAAGAUAUAGAGGGCUUAUGCGACCAUCAAUUCAAGGCAUUGCCAAUAAACCCACAGUGCCGUUAAAACCACUUCCUGAACCAGAGCAUGUUCCUGACUGGCUGGUCCAAGAAGAUUGGAUGAUUCUUCAGGCAAUACAGCACUAUCAAGAACUUACCUUAAAUUUGGUAAUUUUGUCUCCGGGUCAUACACCAAACUGGGAUUUUGUGGCUGAUGUCGUCAAUAUGACAUCUAGAACCUAUAGAUCUCCUAAGCAAUGCAGAAAUAGGUAUGAAUCUGUCAUAAUGCCACGGGAAGAAGGAAAACUGGUGCUUGAUAGUCCUAAAAAGCAAAAGAAAUCUAAACAAAUGUAUAAAUUACCUCAGAUGAAAUCCGGCAGACCAUUAAGAACUUCCCAAAUAUUUCAACAAGACAAUAAUUCAUCUUUAAGUCAAGUUAUGAAUUCUCGUUUUGAUGCCAUCCGUUCCGUCUCCAACCGCAGAGCACCAACUGUUAAGCCACUACUUGUCGAUCCUGCAAUGAAGAAUCCGAAACAUGCAGAAGUCCUUGCAGAUUGUUCAAUUGACUACGAUAGUCCUUUGGCCCCAGUUGAAGUAGCUGCCAAGAGAGCUGAUAGGAUAGCCAAAGAAAAGCAGGCUGCUCUUAAUCAACAGGAAUUAGGUGUAACAAGAACAGUUGGGAAUUCUUCUACAACUCAAGGCAUUUCAAAUGCUGUACAACGUUCAGCUUCCUCAAAUCUAGUGACUGUUCAGUCUUCAGCCCCAACUCCUGGAACCCCAGCUGCAAAAGGAACCAAAACACUAAGUGCUGCGCAGCUUCAAAUUUAUAGACAGCAGCAAGCUCUCUUGAGGCAACAGCAACAACAACAGUUGAGGGUGCUUCAAUCGAGAAGUGGAGCAACUGCUACCGCUGCUCAGAAAGUUUCUGUUGCUGUUACCUCCAGUACACCUUCUCAGAGAGUUCAGCAGGUAAAGGGCGUGACCCGAGCUGUAUCAGAUUCUGAAAUGGUUGCAUUGCUUAAACGGCAACAAGCAGCGAAAAGUUCAACCCAAGGAAAUUUGACAUCAGCUCAAAUUUUAGCUCAAGCUGGUAUUCAGGCGCAGCAAACUGCUGCUUCUGGACAGCAGGUCGGCCAGGUGGCAACGUUAGUCAAAACGGUGCCAGCAACAUCUUUGCCUGUUACUGGACUUACGUUACCACAGAUGAAAGCUGCUCUUGGUUCUGGUUUGAAAGCGAACGCUGUUAGUUCGCAACAAAUUAGACAGUUGUCAAUUCAACAGCAGUUAAUUGCACAACACAGGAAGAUACCACAACAAAGAGUUGCACAGAUUGGACAGGUGGCAACGAAAGGUGGAGCAACUGCUCAGUUAAUCGUACAGUCUCAGAAAUCUAUGCCUACAACUGUUACUAUGCAGCAGAUCCAGCAAGUUAUGAAGCAAGUUCAACCUCAACAUGUUGUCAGCGUUUCAGCUGUACUUCAGGGUGGUGGUGCUGUUAGACAACCUGUUAGAAUACAAACAUCUGCCACUCCAAUUGUGGCAGUUGCGGUCUCCCAAGCUCCUACUGUACUUACUCUGCCUCCUCAACACGAUUCGAACCAGCCUCAAUGAGAAGAUUAGAAGAAAGAUCCUGUAGAUACAUUGUAUAGAAGAUACUUACCAAAUAUAAUCAUAAAAACCAACGAUUAUAUUGCUAUAUAUACUGUUUGUUUUUACUUCCUGAACAGUUUCAAAUUGUAUUUAUGUAUGUAUGUAAAUUAUUGUUUUAAUUUGUAUUAUUAUACUGCAUAGUUUUUUUUUAAAUAAAAGUCUGAGAAUUUAUUAUGUAUGUAUUUUAGGUAGUAGUUAUCAUAAUUUUUCAUAAAAAUAAUAAUGUAAAUAUUUGUAUGAUAUAAUUUUAUUUUUUUGCUUAAUUUCGUACUUACAUCUGCUGUACAAAAUUUAUAAAGUUGUAAUUAGCCUAUAAUGUUUAUUUUUCCAUGAAUGUUUUUGUUUCUAUGAAACUUGAAAAUUGUAGCUAACUAAUUAGCCUGUUAUUUGUAUUUUGUUAAUACACCGUACUCCUUCAAUUGUUUGUAAAUAUGCUACCAAACCACUAAAUGGUUAGAUGUUAGAAAAAGAACUUUGUUUUCAUUUAUAAAAUUUUGUAUGCAUUCUUCAAAAAUAUAUUUUAAAAUAUUAUUUAUUGAAAUUUAAACUUUA